GGAGGGGUGUUUACCGGGAUAGGGGUGGGGGCUGGGUUUGGUAAUUUUUUUUAUUUCUUGUUUUUUUUUUUAUUUUUCUUUUUAUUUUUAAUUUUUUUUGAACCUAUCACGUGAGGACACGUGUCUGGUGACUUGCUAUAUCAGGUUAGAUGACCGGUUGGGUGCAAUAGAAAUUAAUACCCUAAAGUUGGGAGUGAUAGAUUAUAAACGAAAGUUGGGAUUAAUUUGGGCGGACGAAGCAAAAUUCAGAUUAAUGGGAACAAUUUUUCCAAUUUAUAAUCCCGUAUCUUUUUUUUUUUGAAGGACUGUAUCAUUAUUUAAUGAAGAUUUACAUGCUGCCUUUUUUUUGAAAGAAAAUAAAUACACGGAGCAUCGUGCAUCCGCCUCCAUAGAAAAAAUUUCACUAUCACGUGUGCCCCUAAUAUAUCCCUAAUACUCUAAUUUACGACUCAAUUGCGGCUGUUUUAUGCUAAAGAACCUUUCUUAUCAAAGCCUAAAAAAACUCUGUAAAACUAAAACUACAGUGACAGUAAAUUCAGAAAUCAGAAACCUUUGAAAUUCUGUUGAUCUCUUUCCUCUCUCUACACUCUUCCCGCCAUGACCGUAACUCUAGAUAAAAACCAAACCUCAAUCAAAAACCUUUCCCUCUCCACCACCAUUAAAUCUCUCAAUGAUCUCGAAUCCGCCAACGUCGAAAACCCAAUUCAAUCAUCUAAACAACCCACAACCCCAAUUCAAGAACCUGCAAUACAUGAUGAUCAAAAUCAAUCUUCUCAAGAAACACCAGUUACGAGUUUUCGCUUCGGUGUUCGGCCAGCAAGUAAACUGAAACAGGCUUUAGAGUCUCUAACCGAUGCCAAAUUUAAUCCAAAGGGUUUGGGAUUGAUUGAAGUUGUGGAGAAUGGUUUGGAGAUCACGGUUCGAAACACGAAAACCGGGGUUGCAGGACAUCUUUGGUUCAAGUCCUCUGGUUUGAUCAACUUUGAAUUCAAAAAGGCUAUGAUCAACAAGAUGAUUGACUUGAAUUGUGUUCUUGAUAAUCUUGUUGAUGCUUCUGCUAAUGAUAUUGUCACCCUUCAUUAUCUUCAUGGCUGUUCUCAUCUCAAUUUCAUGUUUGGAAAUGCUUCUCCUAGACACUUUGCUGUGGAUUUACUCGAAAUGGAUGCUAGCUUCGAGAAAUUUCCCAACAUUACUUUCGCCUGUGAUGCUGUCAUACUAAGUGAACAAUUCAGGGACAUUAUUCAAGCAUUUCAGGAUAUUGAAAAACCUAGAAUAGGUUCACUGGAAAUAUCGGACAAGGUUUUUACCGUCUCAGUAGGAAAAAGAGAUUGGCGGCUGAUGUAUGAAAAGGUUAAUGGUAUUAGGGGAAUGGCACCAAACAUGGUGCAUCAGGCUUGGUUACGAUUGCAUCAUCGUGAGUCUUUAAAGAAGGCAUCGUUCAUAGCAGCAGGGCUUCUUCUGUGCCUUGUUACUGACCCAUUCGAGCAGAUCAUGCUGCGAUUCAACCUCCGAGAGCUAGGAGAUUUGGUAUUCAUCAGCAGAGCUGAAUAUAUCAUUUUUGACGUCAAUGGUUCACCUGGACUUCACCUUUUAGCUUCUGCUGCCUCACUAAUGUAAUAGAUGGAGUUGAGAAGCUGAAAAUGCUUGGCAUACGUACAUACAUAUAAUCCUAAACAGAACAUAGCUUCUUGUUACAGAAUGUUACAGAAGAAUGUACUCAAUGUAGCAUAUUCAUAGUAGCAUAUUGUACAUUUGUACGUACCCUACAAAUACAACUUUUAGUCGUUUUAUGUCAUUGUUUUUAUGGUGUUCUGCAUAAAAAAAUGAAGUUUAAGUGAUCAAUAGUUC